GGGAAAACGAGGGAAAUCUUUUCUUGCACGCACACCUCGGCAUGGUAGUAGGAGAUGAGAAAGCCAAAGACACGUGGGCGCAUGCGGACUGAUAGGAGUUAGAGAUGCCAACCAGCAAGCCAGGGACACUUGAAGAGGAUGGAGACUUAAAAUAUAGAUGGUCUGUACCUUUUUUAACGGAACAUUUUCUAAAGGACAAAUAAUUAAUAUUUCCUCAGCAGGGAGGAGGUGUGGCACCGCCGCGGGUCCGAGCUUUAGCCGGCACAUGGAUGGUUGACUUUUGUGCGAAGAUAAAGAAAGAAAACCAAGAGUCCACGUGAGUUUACAUAGCCUAGGUCACACGUGAUCACCUCAUUCUAUCAAGUCAUUCAUAUCGCCUGUAAGUGGCAGACUUGGCUUGCGCCCUUGUGGAACUCGGGGAGGCAACCAGGUGCGCUCCAUGUUUCAUUUAGGACACACCGGUACCGGCGGUACCUGUGGGACAUAAAAGCGCAGUUGGGACUUGAAAAGCAGCGUUGGGCUGUCGGCCAGUGAUGCCGGACACAUUCACACUCCUAAAGAACCGGACAGAGCCACGGCUGGGGCAGCUCGAGCGCACACUGGCCUCGGAGGGGAGCGCCCGCCCCGCCUGGGUCAUAGCUAUCCUGGCCAGCGUGCUGAUCUUCACCACGGUGGUCGAUGUGCUGGGGAAUCUGCUGGUGAUCAUAUCGGUGUUCAGGAACCGCAAGCUGAGGAACUCGGGCAAUGUGUUUGUGGUGAGUUUGGCAUUUGCUGACCUUGUGGUAGCCUUCUACCCCUACCCCCUGGUUCUCUAUGCUCUCUUCCACGACGGCUGGGCGCUGGGAAACACACAAUGCAUGGUCAGCGGUUUCCUUAUGGGGCUGAGUGUCAUCGGCUCCAUCUUCAACAUCACUGGGAUUGCGGUGAACAGAUACUGCUACAUCUGUCACUCCUUCUCCUACAGUCGGCUGUACAGCUAUCGCAACACUCUGCUGUUUGUUGCCUUAAUCUGGCUGCUCACGGUUGUGGCCAUUGUCCCAAAUUUAUUCGUUGGUUCCCUGCGCUACGACCCGCGGGUCUACUCCUGCACCUUCGCCCAAAAUGUCAGCAGUUCCUACACGGUGGCGGUGGUGGUGGUUCACUUCCUGGUUCCCAUCGCAGUGGUUACCUUCUGUUAUCUUCGCAUCUGGGUGCUUGUGAUUCAGGUGCGGCGUAAAGUGAAGACUGAGGAGAGCCCCCGCCUCAGGCCAAGUGACUUGCGGAAUUUCAUCACCAUGUUUGUGGUCUUUGUGCUGUUUGCCAUCUGCUGGGCCCCGCUCAACCUGAUUGGCUUGGCGGUGGCCAUAGAUCCGUCCCACGUGGCCCCCCGCAUCCCCGAGUGGCUCUUUGUUGUCAGCUACUUCAUGGCCUACUUCAAUAGCUGUCUGAACGCCAUCAUCUAUGGUUUACUCAACAGGAAUUUUAGGAACGAGUACAAACGCAUUGUCACCUCUGUCUGGGUGACCCGGCUCUUUGUGACAGAGACUUCACGAGCCGCCACGGACGGCAGGAGCAUGAAGAGCAAGCAAUCGCCGCCGCCGCCGCACAACAACAACGAGUCGGUCAGAGAUCGCAUAAAUAAAGAAUGAAAUCUGGAUCCUAGAGCCUGUUAAAUGGUAAAUCCUGUUUUUGUAUGUGACAUCCAGACGGUUGUGCAGCUAAAGAGAGUCAAGUAACGCAUGAACCCGGAAGACAUGGCUUGGUUUUUCUAUUGGCUGGGUCAGUCAUGUGGUGCAGGUGGACAUGUUUACAUCUGCGGAUAUGUUUUUAAAGAAAUACAGUAUUUGAAUUAAUAUACUGAGUUCUUGAACGUUUAUCGUUUGAAGGAGUAACUCAACAACUUUGUUAAGUAAGGAUGAUUUCUCUGUCAUCAACAGAGCAAACGCUGUAGAGCUGUUGUUACCUCGUGUGAGAGCGGGAGCCAUGCGUUACGGUUUCAUGUCGUUCUUACUCUAAAAAAAAAAAAAAAAACUUACUCUAAAAACAAUGAAUGGUACAUUAAUAUUACAUGAAAAUGUAAUAUCCUUUAAUGUCUGCUGCUGUAGACUCUUAGACAUAUUUCACACGACUGGGUAACCACUGGUAAACAUACACCUAUGUUUAGUAACUUCAGAAGCCUCAAAAAGUGCAACUCGCCUCACCUAAACGCUACAUUAGUACAAGAGGAGAUGACGUCAGUCUGUGUGUAAUAGAUACGUCUGAUGGGGUUUGACAUGGUGACAGUGAGGUGGUCAGAACUGCACACUAAGCCUAAAGGUGGCCACAGCACAUGACCUCCUGCUGCCUGGUCUGACCCUCUUGCACUGCGAAGAACAAGAAACAAAAUCUUAGUAAUAAUCAUGAAUUGAUUAAUUCAGGAAAUCAAGUGACUGAUAGAUGACACUAGCACCAUACCACAUAAGACCUGUUUUCUUUUUUGGUUUUUUUUGACAGUUUUUGAAAGCCUCAAAACAAAUGCUGCGUGUGAUGUAGCGGGGGGGAGACACACCUACAGUAAAUAUCUACUAUUGCUGCUGUAUCCAUCAGUCAGCGUAUCACCUGCACUGCUCAGCUGCUGCUGCCGUUAUUUAACUUUAUUAUAGUGUAGGUCACGGUGGGCCGCACAUAAAGCCACACUUCAUCCUCAAAUCAGUGAAAACAACAUAAGGAAAAAAUAUCCAGCCUGUUUCCUGGAAGGCUGAAUGUUGAUUUGAUAUUGCACCAGAGGGCGUUACUCUGCGAAAUCCAAAGGAUCUUUACCGUUUAGAUAACAUUCUGCAUUUAACAGUUUAAAUCAUAAUAUCACAGUCAAUAUCAUACAUAAAGUAAUGUUGCCUCCUAGUUUUCUGCUAUAGUAGUGCAACAUGAGUUUUAUACAGAGUGAAAAAAAAGCCAUCUCAACACACUGCACCGCUCUGUGCAGGUGAUUCAUCAGAAAUGUAAAUGUAACACAUAGGGAGGGAAACACUUUCAUAAAUACAAUAUGUAAAAUACAAUAUAUGGAAGCGCAGUUUGUAACCAAAAAUAUAGAAAUUUGAGACAAGGAGAGAGAAUAAAUAUGACCACACUGUAAAGCUACAGUGGCGGACACACUUUGCAUUUAGAGAACAGCUGUGGUGGAGAUAAAGGACGAUUUAGAGGGGCUCGUAUUUUCCAUGAGAUUAACAUUUUCUUUUACUAAUUCAAAGGCUACUCAGCAGUAUAUAAUUCUGUAAUGGGCAUAACACCCACAGUGCAGGACAGUGUGACAGUUAGAAGUCACACAGGGAGAACACAACUCCAUACACUGAUGUCAACAUAUUGAAAAUAAAAUCGUAAUGCAAUAAGUUGUUCAGUGCAGCAGCAGCAUGAAUGACUCUUUAUGCACACGAACACUUUGCUAUGCAACUCAAAACGACAUCCAACAUCAGUUGCAUCUAAAAAUCAUAUGGAGUUAAUUCCAGAUCCAGUCGUCCCUCACCUCAGUGCAUUCACAUUAUAACAAGAUGUCUCAAAUCUCACUGUAAAUGAUGCUGCUCUCCAGACCACGCCAUGACAACAGGGCGAGGGAACGCUUCACGUUUUGGGAUGUUCUGUCUGCACACCGUGUCAGAAAACAUGUGCAGCGAGCAAUAUGGACCAGACACAGGUUGCUCCUCCGUCCUACAUCAUAUGCAGCAGUAGUAGUCUUAUGCAGUCGGCGGCAAUUCUUAUUCUUCGUUUCAGAAAGUUUUAUGCAAAAUUCUUGCUUUUCAUUUCAUAGGUAACAAUUAAUGUUGUUAAUUUUUUUUCUCAUGAAAUACAAAAAAAAUGAUAAUAAAAAUCACUCCCCAGGGGCAGUGGAAAGACACAAACAUUGCACAAGUGUUUGGAGUCGUACUGUCACUUGGUCAGAAGUAAUUUGAUAGGAGAGUGAUGGUGAUUGCCUCUUACCUGGAUAGUGUUAUGAAAGACGUGGACUGAAGGAGGUACAGCUCAUAUCCAUAUUCCCAUCUCAGGGUCUGCCAACCAAACGUUUUGUUGUCUGAAACAUUUGCAGUUCAUCAGCUGUCAUGUAAGGGAGUCUGAAGACAUUUCAAAGGGAUCUUUUGUAAAUUAGUGUCAGUGUGGUUUUUAACUGUGGUAUAUUGUUAUUGGAGAUGUAUUCAAAGUGUGGUUUUUAAAAAAAUAUAUAUAUCUGAAGCUCAAUAACCCCCCCGCACAGUAAACAGUUAUUAUUAUAGGACGAUGCUUAACCUCUCUUUCCAUCAAAUCUACUAAAGCUGCAAAGUGCAUCUAAAACAACCUCUUGCUCAAUUGGCAUGUACAUUGCAUCACUGCAAAUACAUUUGUUUUUCCAGCCUGGAGUGAAGGAAUCAACCUGUAAACGCACAAAUCAAAUAUCCAAGAUAGGUAAAACAGGUUCCUCAUAAUAAAUUUACCGGUAGUUUUAUUAUUUUUAAAAUUUUUUCUCAUAUUCAAAUUCACUUCAAAUUUGUGUGUUGUUAUACAGGGUGAAAAUGUGCAAAGCCAUAGAUCAAGAAUGGUAACAGACGCAAAGCACAAAGUCGUACUGUACUAUAAAUAUUCAUAGGGACAGGACAGAUGCAAGAGCGUUACAAGCAGAGGAGGAAAAUGCAGAGGAAAGUAGACACAGGGAAACAGCAGGAAGUUUUUGUUGAAGAGAUGGGAUUUAGAUAAAUAUCGAGAGCGACUAUGCUGUCAUGACAACAGAGGUGUGGGAAGGUGUUGGGGAAGCAGAGGUGGUGUCCAAAGAACAGCAACAAAAAAAAAAAAAGAGUGAUGUUGUCAUGGUCCGGAGAAAAAACACCUGCUCAAACAUCUGGAGAGUGUUAUAGAUGCACUUGGAGGGAAGUAAAGACAUUUAAACCAAAGAAAUGGGAAUAGCUGAAGGGAGUUAGGCGUACAAACACUUUAUCAAGACAUCACUGGGGGGGGGGGGGGCUUUAAGACACCUUUGGUCUUUUUUCAUUCAGAAGUACUGCCUUAAAAUGAAAACAACAGUGUCAAAUUCUAAAUAUUACGGCAAGUGCCAUAUUUUCUAUUAAAAAGGAACCAACUCAGCAAACCUGGUUUGCAGUCAUACUGCUUUUUCUUAUGUAUUCAGGACAGUCGUGUAUGGAAAGGUUUCUCUCCAGCGCCAAACAGCAGUUCACAUGUAGACCUCAGGCAAGAAACGCAAUUGCUGAAAUAGAAGAACAAAUAUUAUCUUUUUCUCCUUUGUGUUUUCUUUCUUUGUACCCUACAGCAAAAUUAUGUAACUAUGUUCAUUUGUGUUCCCUACGCUCCCCGUCUGCAACCUUACUUUGGACCUACGUCUCCAUGCAACCAAAUAUGAGACAUUGCUUGCCAGCUUAAAGGAUGGGUUCAUUAUUUUCUUUUUUUUAUAAUUAAAAUGCUAUUUCCCAUCAUUUACCUGGUGUAGCAGCACAACUUCACAGCUUUAGUUUUUUAAAACGAAUCUCUCUGUUCAUUAUUUACUCCCACAAAUCCUAUGAUGAAUCUGUUGGCAGUAUUAAAAUACUUUUCUGGAACAGGGUUCAUAAAACACUAUCUAAUCAUUUUCUAACUGAAGUAAAAAACUUGGAUGUGGCCAAAGUUAAUCAAACCUGAUGGAAAGCAUAUGUGAGACAUUCUCUCAUUCUGUAGACAUUCUGCCUGGUUAUACUGUGAGCAUCCUAUUUUUCAAAAAAAAAAAAAAAAAAAAACAUCCCUGUGUUUUACUGCAACGCCGGACUGUGUUGAGCCCAGGUGAGACACUGCAGCCGAGUGCUUUAGGUUGCUUCCCCACAGCAGAAGCGUCUGGUGUGCUUGUGUUUGAUUAUAUGUGAGGCAAAAAAACAUUCUAAGUCAAAAACUAUGAACCGAGGUUUAUUAUCAUAAAGUGUAAAUCAAAAAAAAGAAAAAAGCAACAUAAAUAUAUAUAUAUACUUAUUAACGGUGUAAAUACGAUUUCUGCCUUCAAAAUAAACACACAAGGAAGUAAUCAGUGAAGGUUGUCACGCUGUUUUUCAUUGGAAGAUGAAAGCUAAGGUUUCCAUGCGCUACUAAUCAUUUUAAAUGCUGCACUCAGUGAGAUGACACACUCAAAUCUCUGCAUUGUGUCAUCGGAGUCUCUUCUUACACCCUCCUCAACAUCCAUGCACAUUCUCCUUAAAGAGGAAUUCCCUGAUAUAUCUCCGAGUCUUUUACCAUGUGAUCUCUGUAACAUGAGGGAAGCAGCCACUUUACAUUUGAAAAGGCUUCUAUUGGUUCGAUACUACAAACACAGUCGCUUCAUUUUAGUCAUUUUAACAGAUGUGGUUUGCAAUUACGGGCCAUAGAGCACAAGAUAUAUUCUCCAACCACAGAAACCCGAUGAAAUCAGAAUUAAAGACAUUCUUGGGUGAGUAAAUUCAGACGCCACUACAAUCAAACAACUUUACAUACAGUAAUGUGAUAAUUAAAGCGGCUGCUUAUCAAGGCUUUUGCACAGUGUGAUUUGAAAUGCAACACAGCUCUUCAAUCAGUGUCACUGUCUGCUAUGCAAACACACCCGGCAACCUCAUGAGCAGGUGUAAGAGAGGGAUCAUUUGGAGUGGCCUAACGGUUAAGACGCAAACCAUAUAACGAUAUGAUGUGUACGUCAUACCUCUCAUUAUACUCUCUCCCUACAUUUCCCGUCUCUAACACUGUAAAAGGUCAAAUAUGGGCAAAAUGUUAGGGAAAUAAUUUAAUAACAUUGUCCUCUGCAACAUCCAGUAACUGUAAGCCACAUGCCUGGCACAACAAGAAUAACUUGCCUCAUAUAGUUUUUAUGGGCUGAGCAAUGCAGGCACAUGAUUUACUGUGCAUGUGCCAAACCGCCGCUGUUCACUUCCUUUAUUUGUCAUCCGGACAUACUCGCCAUACAGUACCCAGAUUUUCGGUCAUUAAUGGGUUAUGUAACAGCAUGACAACAUCAGCUCGGAGCUAAAGACAGAAAAGGAUGCUGAACACUGAUCAAAUUAGGCGCACAGUGGAUUCAUCAUUCAUUCACCGAGAUGAAAAUAAUAACGCAGUAGCUAUGCUGUCAUAAUACACUGGCAAACCACAUGAAGAAGUGAAAUGUUAUUAUGUAUGCACUGCCUAUAGCCUACUGUUUACAAGCAAGAAAACAAUCUCCACAUUUAAAACUGUGAUUAUGAAAACAUGACUGAAACAGCUAUCAGAGACAUUUGCAAAGCACAAACCUUUUUUCACCUGAUAAAUAUUUUCACCUAGUAGCCAUGUAAUUGGCUGCAGCUCAUUAGACGCAGGUGGGAUCUGCUGCCCCCCCCCCCCGCAGCCUGAAAUCUUCGAGGCGUAAUUUAAAUCAUAUGUUGGAAAUAUUACGCAAGGUUUCCUGUUAGUGCUGACCUGAUGCUGUUACACAACAUCCAUACAAAGGCUGUGGGAUUCAUAAACAGGGUUUGUAAUUAAAUGUGGCAACUGAGUGUGUAUCUUGAAGUCAUAAACAGCUUUUGUGGAAAAAUAAUUUAAAAAAGAAACUGUAAUGUUUUAUGACCUUUUUUUUGGCGUAAAAGAGGCACCAUUAAACAAAAUAACGAAAAUGUCUUUUUAAGAAACAUGAGCAAGGUCGGAAAUCGGUGGCGUUUAGCCAGAUGACUACUUGUGUCUUGAUAAAUGUCUUCUGUUCCACAGGCUGUGCGAAUGUGCAUGCUUGUCUGAUGUUAUUUAUGACCAAUGAUGUUCAUUGACGAGAUUUCACGUAACAGGCGCCAGGCCACGAUGCCCAGAGGAGGAUCUGAGUAACAUGAACCAAAGGGAAAUCUGUGGAAUGUAAUGGAAUUUAACAAUGAAACACAUCAAAAUGGACUGUGUGUAAAAAAAUAAAAUAGAAUAAAAAAUAAAAAAAGAUAUGCAUUAUGUGUACAGUUCUCCUGAAACAUGAUGUUAUGGAAAAUAAAAUUGAU